AUGGCCGCCGCCGCUACCGAGCACUUCAUACAUCUCGCGCGUCCUUUGACGCACACCAAUGCUGGUCUUCAGUCGAGCAUUGCCCCGCUUACCGUCAACAUUCAACCUCAGGCCGUCUUCUCUAUCCUCGAUCAUGCCGUUCGAAGAGACACUGGUGAGAACGCCCAGUCUACCCGCGUCAUUGGCGCCCUGGUAGGAACCCGAUCCGAAGACGGCACCGACGUCGAGGUCCGCUCUUGCUUCGCCAUCCCCCACACCGAGGAGGAGGACCAGGUCGAAGUCGACGUGGAAUACCAGAAGAACAUGCUCGCCUUGACGCUCAAGGCUUCGCCCCGCGAAACCCUCCUCGGAUGGUACACCACCUCCCCCGAGCUCAACAGCUUCAGCGCCUUGAUCCAGAACUUCUUUGCCAGCGCGGAGACCGGCACUGCCCCUCACCCCGCCGUCCACAUGACCAUUUCCACCGAGCCCGGCGAGGACAUCCAGACCAGGUGCUACAUCAGCGCCCCCGUGGCCGUCAACGCUGAACGCGCCGCGGAAAGCUGCCUCUUCAUCCAGGUGCCCCACAAGAUCCUGUACGGCGACGCGGAACGAAGCGCCCUCGAGGCCGUCGCCAGCGCCCAGGACAACGAGAACCGAGCCGCCCCCCUCGUCUCGGAUAUCGAGAGCCUCGGCCGAUCCGUCGAGCACACUCUCGGCCUGCUGGACCGCGUUAGUGAAUGGAUCAACGGCGUCCUCGACGAGGACGAGGAGCCCAACACCGCCCUGGGCCAAUACCUCAUGAACGCCCUGUCUCUGACACCCAAGGUCGAUGCCUCUCAAAUUGAGCACGACUUCAACAACCACAUCCAGGACGUCCUCAUGGUCAGCUACCUCGCCAACACUAUCCGCACUCAGAUUGACCUCUCCCAACGAUUGGCGACAGCCAACCUCAUCAGCAACGACAAGGAUGGCGACAAAGGUGACGGUGACAAGGGUCAGCGCGGCAACAAGCGAGGUGGCCGUGGUGGUGCCAGAAGCGGUGGUCAGCAAAGGGAGCAACGAGAGCCAAGAGAACUUCGGGAACCCCGAGAGCCAAGAGAGCCAACCGAGUAG